AUGGUACACAACUAUUUGAAAGUGAUUUCACUUUCCCUCAUAAUAUUUAUCCUCAAUUGUGAUUAUCCAGUGAAUGGAGUUGCUGAUAAAAAUGAUUAUGCAAAAAUUCUAUCAGUAAGUGCGAUAUGUUCAUCAGACGGUAUUAUGGCACAUAUAGAAUUCGAUCGCAUAUUCUACGGAAGAAUCUAUUCGUUUAACUAUUCAGCAGUAAAUCAGUGCAAUUACUAUACCAAAAAUAACACUAAUGAUAUAUACAAUAUUAAUAAACUGCGUUCAAUUCUCUUUAAAAUACCAAUAAAUGACUGUGGCACUCGAAUAUCUCGUAAUACAAGAAAUGUGAUUGAUCUCAUCGAGAACAAGGUAUACAUUCAGAUGGAUCAUCAAUCUCAAACUCCCUUUGACCGUCAGUAUUCAUUUAUGUGCCAACUAACUGUACCAGAACCAGCUUCAAAACCACCAGAAGAUCACCCGAUACCCAUAAUUCCAUCUUCGCAGCACCCACUCAACUCAUUCCUAUUCCAACAACAUGCCUCAAACAAGCAUGAGCACAUCAAUAAAUAUACUAAUCAUCUACCAUUAUCCAACCCAUUCGAAACUAACUGGGGUAAUUGGCCGAUACGGUCACCGAUUCCAAACCCCAACAGUGAGCAAACUCAAAAAUUUGGCGAUCAGCUGAUGAAAAUUGUAAGAAGUAUUUUUAUUAAUCAAUAUUAUUACUAA